AUGGGAAUUGAAAGAGGAGGUUUAAAGGGGUUCAGGAGCGGCUGGAGCGUGCCGCCGAAGCCAUGUGACUCCUGCAAGCUGGCUUCGGCGGCGCUUUUCUGCCGCCCCGAUUCCGCGUUUCUCUGCAUCGCCUGCGACUCCAAGAUUCACUGUGCCAACAAGCUGGCUUCGCGCCACGAGCGCGUCUGGAUGUGCGAGGUCUGCGAGCAGGCCCCCGCCGCUGUCACGUGCAAAGCCGAUGCCGCCGCCCUCUGCGUCACGUGUGACUCCGACAUCCACUCCGCCAACCCCCUCGCGCGUCGCCACGACCGCGUUCCCGUCGAACCCUUCUUCGACUCUGCCGACUCCAUCGUCAAGGCGUCUGCCGCCGCCUCCUUCGGCUUCAUCGUCCCCUCCGACGACGCCUCCGCCUCCGACGCCUUCGCCACCGACGACCCCGAUGCCGCCGCCUGGCUCAUCCCUAACCCCAAUUUCGGGUCCAAACUCAUAGACGCCCCUGACAUCAAGUCCAAGGAGAUCUUCUACUCCGAAAUGGACCCCUUCCUUGAUUUCGAUUACUCUAACUCCUUCCACAACAACAGCGCCGGAAACGACAGCGUCGUUCCAGUUCAAACCAAACCAUCCCUCGCUCCUCCCCUCAUCAAUAACCACCACCAAUCGGAGAGCUGCUUCGACAUCGAUUUUUGCCGCUCCAAGCUCUCUUCCUUUAACUACCCAUCCCAGUCUAUUAGCCAAAGCGUUUCAUCAUCGUCGCUUGAUGUUGGAGUGGUGCCGGAUGGGAACACGGUGUCGGACAUGUCCUACUCGUUUGGUCGGAACAGUUCGGAAUCAAGUGGGAUUGGUUUGUCCGGAGUAAGUGGAGGGCAAGGGGCGACGCAGUUGUGUGCGAUGGACCGUGAAGCGAGGGUGCUGCGAUACAGAGAGAAGAGGAAGAACCGAAAGUUCGAGAAAACCAUUCGAUACGCAUCGCGGAAGGCUUAUGCGGAAACCCGGCCCAGGAUCAAAGGCCGGUUCGCGAAGCGAACCGAAAUUGACUCGGAUGUGGAGCGUCUCUAUAGCCCUGGCGCUGCGUCGCUGAUACUGGACAGUCCAUACGGCGUCAACUUUAAAGGAGCUGCUGCUUUGUAUUCACCUCGUGUAGAAUUAGAAUCUGUACUGUAA